UUUUUUUUUUUUUUGGUAAAUUGGGGUUGAAACAAAAUUAAUUAAAAAAAGAAUAAAGCAGAGCGUUUGAUAAAAAACAAACAAAGCAAAGCAGCUGCCAAAAUAUCGGCAGGAUGAAUGGGACGGAAGGUAUCAAUUUUUACGUGCCUAUGUCCAAUAAGACAGGGGUGGUGCGAAGCCCCUUCGAGUACCCCCAGUAUUACCUAGCCGAACCCUGGAAAUACCGUGUUGUGUGUUGCUACAUCUUCUUCCUCAUCUCCACCGGGCUGCCCAUCAACCUCCUCACCCUGCUUGUCACCUUCAAGCACAAGAAGCUGCGGCAGCCGCUCAACUACAUCCUCGUCAACCUGGCGGUGGCCGACCUCUUCAUGGCCUGCUUUGGCUUCACGGUCACCUUCUACACGGCCUGGAACGGCUACUUUGUCUUCGGCCCCGUUGGCUGCGCCGUGGAGGGCUUCUUCGCCACACUGGGAGGCCAAGUUGCCCUGUGGUCCCUGGUUGUCCUGGCCAUCGAGCGCUACAUCGUUGUCUGCAAACCCAUGGGAAACUUCCGCUUCUCCUCAAGCCACGCCAUGAUGGGCAUCGCUUUUACCUGGGUAAUGGCCUUUUCCUGUGCGGCUCCACCCCUCUUUGGCUGGUCCAGAUACAUGCCGGAGGGGAUGCAGUGUUCCUGCGGCCCUGACUACUACACCCACAACCCCGACUACCACAAUGAGUCGUACGUCCUCUACAUGUUCGUCAUCCACUUCAUCAUCCCCGUUGUUGUCAUCUUCUUUUCCUAUGGGCGGCUCAUUUGCAAAGUCCGAGAGGCAGCUGCCCAGCAGCAGGAGUCAGCCACGACCCAGAAGGCGGAGAAGGAGGUGACACGGAUGGUGAUCCUCAUGGUGCUGGGCUUCAUGCUGGCCUGGACACCCUACGCCGUGGUUGCAUUCUGGAUCUUCACCAACAAGGGAGCCGACUUCACCGCCACGCUCAUGUCAGUGCCUGCCUUCUUCUCCAAGAGCUCCUCCCUCUACAACCCCAUCAUCUAUGUCCUCAUGAACAAGCAGUUCCGUAACUGCAUGAUCACCACGAUCUGCUGUGGCAAGAACCCCUUUGGGGAUGAAGAAGUCUCCUCCACUGUAUCCCAGAGCAAGACUGAAGUUUCCUCCGUCUCCUCCAGCCAAGUAUCACCUGCAUAGACCAAGGACAGUUUGAAAUGGGGUGCCUCUCCGAGCUCUGGGACCGAGACCUAGACACCCAUGCACCCACAAACUCGUUUCACGCAAUCACUCCCUUGCACACUGACACCCCUCCCCUGCCGGCCUGCCAGGCUGUGCUCUCCUGCCCGAGACCUAGCUGUGCAAAUACUGCUGCCGCUUCCCCCUCCAGCGCCCGGGCAGCCCCACGUGCAGCCCCCACACCCCGGGCACACUCGCGGGGGCACCCCUGCACCCGCUAGUGCAAACACGGCCAGAGCUCUUCCAUAUGGGCACCCGCUGUGGUUGCAUCCCCAGGCACAAACGCUGUCCUGCCCCAUGCGAGCCCUGGGGCACUUCUCCCCGAAUCUGCAUGCCAAUACCCCGUGAUAAAACCCGACCUGGGCUGCCAGUCUGCAGCCAGAGCAACAUAGCAGAGGCUGCCUUUGCAAGGGGUUCCCUUUCCAGCACCUCUGAUGCAGGAGGAAAAAAAAAAAACCUCCUGUAAAGCACUGCCGACGUUGCACAUGUGUGCGAACACCUUCCCCAGCGCACCCCCGGGUGCCGAGACGGGCACCUCCAGCGCUCACAUCGCAUUACAACGGCAGC